AUGGAGCAUCGAGAUAUCGUCAGUCAGGAUUCAGACGGCUCAUCGGGCUCGUCCGAUGAGUACCUGCACCAGCCGUACGCUAUCAGGGCAAACUCCAGCUUUGAAGAUCUCGCCGGGCAGAUGCCACAGACUCCGACCCACGUAGCGUCGUCGCCUCCUCCGACUCAUUCCCUCAGCUCGUCCGGUAUCUCAUCAUGGUCCAACAAUUCGACCCCGCGACCGCGCGGUGGUAGCGUUUCUGCAGUCAACGUCCUGUCGACCGAGGGGCCGACCAUCACCGAACCACCACAACACAGGCCUCAACGCCCCUCAGGACCGGCCAGGACACCGUCAAACACCUAUGCCCCGCAGAGGCAUCCGCCUCGAUUUAUCAACCUACAUCAUGACCGUCGACGGUCCGCCUCUGCGAAACGGGCCGCCAGACGCGACCCAAAUGCUCAGUACCGCGCGCAGGAGAAGGCGUACGUGCAGCGUCUACGGGCCAACCCACAGCCGGGGUAUUACCACUAUGAAGACGGGAUGACGGGAACGAUGCUAGACUCAGACUUGGAGGAACCGUCGCCAUCCUCGGAAGUCCCUUUCGAUGACGACCCUUACGACCCUGAUAUCCAGCUUUUCCUAGCGGAAAACGGCAACCAGCCAACUCUCGAGGAACUGAAGAACCCGAAAAACCAGGAACGGCUGGAAUGGCAUUCAAUGCUGGCUUCCGUCCUGAAAGGUGAUGUUGUCAAGCAAGAGAAACAACGGUUGAUCGGGACGACGGAGUCGAAGCGGUCGAGUGCUCUGAACAAUGAGAUCUGGCUAGGAGUAAGAGCUAAAACGUGCGGCCGAAGCGUAGCUCUACAGAAGAAACUUAUUGAGGAAGCACGCGCCAGUGUUGGAGCCGUGACUGAGGAUAUUAUCAAUUUUGAAAUCAAGGGCGAGAAAGAGAUUGGGAAACCGCCGAUUGAACAAGUCGAAGAUGUCGUGGAGAAGAUUGGGAAAUGCGAGACGCUAUAUUCGACACGAAAGGAGAUGGAAGCCGCCAAUCCGAGGGCUGCUUCUGAAGAGUUCCAAGCAAGCUGUGAUGCGGUUAUCGCCUGGCAUAAUACGACAUUGCUGAUAAAUACGGAGUUGGCAAUUCUUAAGGGUUGGGUUGGAAACGACGAACUCGACUUCACGAAACCCAAGGCCAAGCCCGCAAGCUCUGAUCUCUCCGACGAAGGCUCGUUCCUGGACCGAGUCAUGAAGGAAGACGGCCUGAAGACAUUGCAAGGAGAGCAUAAUAUGCUUUAUGGAAUCGGCGAAGUUAUCAGGAAAGCGAAAAGCACACUGAUCGAGAAUGCGGAGGCCUUUUCAAAACGACAUCUCCCUCCAUAUAUCGAGGAGCUCCUGACCCUUAUCAAUUUUCCAUCUCGUCUGAUCCAGGAAAUCAUUCGUGUGCGACUGUCUUACGCCAGGAGGAUGAAAGAUCCUGCAUCGCAGUCGCCAAUCCUCGUGGACCAGAUGAUAACUCAGUUCCAGAUCUUAAUGAGAGUGGCAACAGACAUCAAACAGCGCUAUGUUGCCAUUUCGAAACCGGAGCCGGGUUGGGAUCUCCCGCCUUGUAUAGACGAAAACUUCGACUCGGUGGUCGUAGACGCAAUGAAAUACUACUUCCGACUAUUAAACUGGAAACUAAGCGCGAACAAGAACACUUUCAAGGAGGCGGAAAUCUUGGAACAGGAAUGGGGGUUUUCCAACGAGAUUGGACGACAGCUCGAAGGUGGUGAUAUCGAAGUUGCUGAACAAUUCAGUGCUCUGACAGCCAAAUCCCUUCAACGCCUUAUGAUCCAUUUCGAGAGAGAACUGGUGUUCCGCCCAGAUGAAGAUCCUCUUGAUAUGGAUAAGCGAUACAAGAGCGUCCUUGAUUCGACUCGUGUGCGCCAACGAAAGCUUUACCGCUUCUCUCGCUUUUUAUGUCAGUUAUUCGAGAACGCUACGGAAUAUAACUUGACAGAAGAUAUCGCCGACGCGUUCUUCGAGGCACUUUUGAUCUCAGACCAUUUUCUCGUCGAGUCCAACGAUUCGAUUGGUCAAAGGGGCGUUUAUUUGAUCGCGCAUCAUUCCCUAUGGAAUCAACCCCUCGAUAUUCAAUCCAUCCUGGGUACAUCCUUCCGAGAUGAGGACUCUCCGAGAGACCCCUCCCACAAUCCUUAUAUUCUGGUGAUUCGACCAGAGAGGCCGCUUGUGUGGGCUGGAAAGAAGAUGGAAGUCGCCCUCUUGGAGCAACCAACUGACGUGAGACUGGGAAAGUUACGACUUGUCGCCGAUGGGACUCAGCAGAGACUGUCAAACGCGCGGCUUGAAUUGGCGCAGUUGACUAACAUGCAGCUCGAUAUGAGUAUCGAGCAGCGUGCCAACCUCGGCAGAGUCAACACGGAGCUGAACAGGAUCAAGAAGAUCUCGUUCAAGCUUUCCAUGACCAUCAUGGACAGCGUAGCUGUCAUUAGACGUCAACUGAAGCAGAAGGGCGUCGAGAACCAAGAGCUCAUCCAGGCCUGCUUCGCAUUCGCGACCGAGUUCGGUAAACGGUCUGCCAGCUACGUUGACCCGAACCGUCGCGCAAUGAACAGCGCGAAGCUGGUUGAGCUUUCGCUUGAAUGGGUCUCCUUCAUAUGUGACGAUUGCGAUGCUUCCGACCGUAAAACGUUCAAGUGGGCCGUCGCUGCGCUUGAGUUCGCGAUGGCUAUCACCUCGAGUAACCACCUUCUCUCCAUGGACGACUCCCAGUACUCUCUUCUACGAGUCAAAGUGGCAGGAUGCAUGUCGUUGCUCAUCUCUCAUUUCGAUAUUAUGGGCGCAAGAUCAUCCUUGGCUGCACAGGCUGAAAAGCAACGCCUCGAAGAGAGGGGAGGAAUGCGGAAGAUCGGUGCUGGACGGAUCCUAACUGACGAGGAGGCAACGAAACUUGUCCGUGAACAACGCCUGCAGCGUAUAGCGGCCCUGGAGGAACUGAGAGUUGAGGAAGAUGCGAAGCGCCAAGCGCUGGGUAGAGUCUUGGAAGGAUCUAAUGAGGCUGAUAGGUCUCUCGCAGUUCUUUCAUCUUCUGCGACCAAUGUCACUCUACGCUGGCAGCAAGGCCAAUUCAUCGGAGGAGGAACGUUUGGAUCAGUUUAUGCAGCCAUCAAUCUUGACAGUAACUAUCUCAUGGCUGUCAAAGAGAUUCGUCUGCAAGAUCCACAGCUCAUUCCUACGAUCGCGCAGCAAAUUCGCGAUGAAAUGGGUGUUCUCGAGGUUCUUGACCAUCCCAAUAUCGUGUCAUACCAUGGCAUUGAAGUCCAUCGUGAUAAAGUGUAUAUCUUCAUGGAGUAUUGUUCCGGAGGCUCGCUGGCUAGUCUUCUCGAGCACGGUCGUAUCGAGGACGAGACAGUUAUCAUGGUCUACGCUCUGCAACUGCUCGAGGGUCUGGCGUAUCUCCACCAGUCAGGUAUUGUACACCGCGAUAUCAAGCCUGAAAAUAUCCUCCUCGAUCACAAUGGUGUCAUCAAGUAUGUGGACUUUGGCGCUGCCAAGAUCAUCGCGCGCCAGGGUAAGACUGUGGCGCCCCUGGAUGCUUUUGCCAAUGCCGGCCACAAGGAUGCUCUUGUUCCCAAGGAGCCGCCCCAUCAACGCAAAAACCAGAAGACAAUGACAGGUACGCCGAUGUAUAUGUCUCCUGAAGUGAUCCGGGGCGACUCUUCGAAGCUCGUCAGCCGGCAGGGAUGUGUUGAUAUCUGGUCACUUGGCUGCGUUAUCCUUGAAAUGGCAACUGGUCGCCGUCCCUGGUCCUCGCUUGACAACGAGUGGGCAAUCAUGUACAAUAUCGCGCAAGGAAAUCAACCACAGAUGCCAACCCGUGACCAGCUGAGCGAAUCGGGCAUCGAUUUCCUCCAGCGCUGCUUCGAACGCGACCCGCUCAAACGACCAACUGCAGCCGAACUCCUGCAGCACGAAUGGAUCGUGUCUAUCCGACAGCAAGUGGUUCUCGAGCCCCAAACCCCCAGCAGCGAUGGUGGGAAUGGCAGUGCCAGUUCGUCCAGCCUGAGUAGCCGUCAGAACUCAAGCACUUAUCUCUAG